AUGCAAAAUAUUCUAAAAAGGGUGGAGGGCGGAGACAAAAAAUCGCAGCUGAAAAAACAAAGUGGCCCAGACUCAAAAUUUUUUUUGUACAGAGACAUAUCAGUCACUGAAUAUUUGGAAACGUUAUCAACCAAAAAUCACCCACCUUAUAAGUGUCUCGCGAAGAUCUAUUACAAUUUUCCUCCCAAACAUAUGUCGAAGGAUAUCAGCUCUACAUAUGAUAAUGAUUUGAAUUCAACCUGCCUUUUUUUUACCUUUAGCAACCAAUUUUGCUUAUUAUUUCCGCAACAUUUCAUUUUUUUAGCGCAACCUUCAAGCUUCAUUCAACUCCCAAACAAACAAGCCCUAUUUUUCAAUAUUUCAGCCAUGCAGACCACCAUUGCCUUUGUCGCUUGCGUUGCCGCCUCUGUUGCCGCCCAGGGCACGAUGGGCUCGAUGGGCUCGAUGGUCAACCCUGACAUGUCGUCCAUGAUGAAUCCCUCGCCCUUCUCGUCACUGGCCAACGCUAACGCCCACCUGUCCCGCAUGGCGUCCUUCUUCGACAUGUCCCACGUGUCCAAUGUCGAGACCACGUCCCCGGUGAUGGUCACCCACGUGUUUGACCCCGCGACCAACAAGUUCACGCAUCUGGCACUCAACGUCGUGCAGACCAGCAACGGCGCCUACUACCUGCCCGUGUGCACCGUGGACUCGAUCACCACUGCGGGCCCCGACCAGGUCGCUGCGACUGACGGCUGCCAGUACGGCGUGCAGAUGUCAUCUGUUCCAGCUAAUGUCGUGCGCACAAAGCUUAGUGUGGCUCGUCAUUUGUUCCAGGCGAUCAGAAGCGCUGUGAGCCACCCAUCAUUCAACUUUGGUGGGUUUAUGAUGAACACCGGCGCAGUUGGCCACCAGUCUGGCGCCGGUGCUGGUAUGAUUCCGGCGUCGACGGGCGCAACCGCUUAAGGGCUUGGAUUUAUUGAGCCGUUUUUGUUUUGUUUCGACAUUUUUUAUUGUUGUCAUAUUGAUCCCCUUAUUGAUUAACAAUAAUAAACAAUUUAAAUGACGUGCAAAUAACACAGGAAUAAGUAUAUGGAACGAGUGCUUGCUCUUUUUAUUGAAAUUUAAA